UCAAACAAGCCAGAGUUGCCCGGAGGCGCAUGCGUAGUUUAGUGGCCUUUCUCUGCCGGAGUAGAGGGGGCCGGGCUCGAGCUGACCGAAUGAAAACCGGAAGCGGAAACGCUGCGUGUAAAACCGCUUUUUCCUUCGGUUAGGCGGAUUCCCCUCCCCCGUCUCUGCUCCCGGCGUAAAGCGAGCGCUGCAGGCCCCGAACGUUGUAGUGUAACCGCCCUAACUGCCGCUCGCCCGUGUCCCCUCCCUCAGGACAGCGAGAGCCGGCCCGAGCAGGCUCCCUCCCCCCGCCCCUCUCCGUGUGGGUGCUGGGCCCUCGCCGCUCCCGCCUUCCCGUGUCUCUGUCAGGCGGCCGCUAUGUCGGACAAGGAGUUUAUGUGGGCCCUCAAAAAUGGAGACCUGGAUGAGGUGAAGGACUAUGUGGCCAAGGGUGAAGAUGUCAACCGGACACUGGAAGGUGGGAGGAAACCUCUUCACUAUGCAGCAGAUUGUGGGCAGCUUGAGAUUCUGGAAUUUCUGCUAUUAAAAGGAGCUGAUAUUAAUGCUCCAGAUAAACAUCAUAUCACACCACUCCUAUCAGCAGUCUAUGAGGGUCAUGUCACUUGUGUGAAAUUGCUUCUGUCAAAGGGUGCUGAUAAGACUGUGAAAGGCCCAGAUGGACUAACUGCCUUUGAAGCCACUGACAACCAGGCAAUCAAAGCUCUUCUUCAGUGACAGAUGGACUGAUAUAACUAAUGUCUUUUCUGUGGCCUCACACUGCUGCCUGUCUGUCACUCUAUCUUCCAGCUUCUUCAGCUAAAUACUUUGGGGGGAGGGGAAUUCUCAAUGAAUCAAACUAACUAAGGGUCUCUAUCAAAAAGAUAAUCUGUUUGGAGAGAAUGGAAAUCUAUAUAAUCAGUGCCCUUCAGGAUUUGUUUCAUGCACAAUCUUUUUUCCAUUUCUAGCGAAAACAAACUUCUGCAGGAGGGAGAAAGAACAUGCACUUAAAAAUUUGGUUGUAUGCCUCCCUGGUUAGUUCUAUUAAGUUUUGUGUUGAAAGAUCAAUUUAGACAAAAGUACCGUAUUAAGUACUCUAAAAUGCUAACUAAGAGGCAGUAGUCCAGUGCUCUUAGUGUCUGCCAUGAUCUAAAAUGUAGUAAUUGAGGUAGUUGGAUUGCUUAUCUCUUGAGAGCUAUAUCCUUCUGCUUUAAAGCAUAUGUUGAAAUUCUGAAGACUUCUGAUACUAGUUAAAGGAGCUAUCUCCAUCUCCAUCAAUCAGAUGCCACACUAACCUUUUUUGACUCCUUGUAAAUCAGGAAAGAUCAGUUUAGGCAAGACCUUGUUCUAUUCCAAAAGACCUGCCAAGGUACCUUGGGAGGAUUGAACUUUGGGUUUUCCCUCUCUCUUCCCCCCCCCCCCCCCAAUGUGUUCUAGUCCAGAGCUGACCAAUCUGACUUGUAAUAUUUUUGGGUCUGAUAAGAAAUGUCUCUGCAGUUUACCCUUUUGGGUUGUCAGUUGGAAUUUCCUCAUUUACCAUGUCAAUUGUAAACGAUAUAGGCACAUAUGGUGAAAGCUCCAGGCCCUCUGGUACGCAAGAAGAAUUUCUCUGCUACCUUAAAUGAUUUAAACUUAGUGCUGCUGGUAACUAUUUAGAUGUUCUCACUAGAAACAAAUAUCAAAGUUGCUAAAUGUUUUUUGCUAUAGUUUCAAAAAAUAGUUAUAUGAAGAGCUUUCUAUAUUCUACUGUCAGGAAAAGGAAGACUUAAAUACAGUUUCACUGAAAUCUGUAACUACCACCAGAGAAAAGGUAAGAUUUUUUUUUCCCCAAUGAAUUUCCCAAGAUUCCUCAUCAACUGGCUGAAAAGGCGCUUUUUUAAUGUCAUGAGUUCAUGGAGAGCAAUAGGUUGCUUCUGAAGCUCCUGCUACAUUCCUAAAGCAUGUAUGAUCCUGCAAAUAUAUUUAAAUUUAAUCUGGAAGUUAACAUACCAGUAAAUAUUACAGCAGUAGAACUGAUAACUAAUGGAAGCAGAUUUAAGAUUGUAACAAAGGAUUCCCACCCCAUUCCUCCCAUGAAAGUCUGAGCUUUUGAUUUUCAUCUUUAAUUUGCAUUAGACACAUACCAGCUCACUCAAACAAUUAGUACCUUUUUUUAAAAAAAGGCAUACAUUAUAUAAAAAUAUAUUUACCUUUGGGAUGUCAGUAUAUGCAGCUUUCAGGCAUUAUGGUAACAUGCAAAAAAGGUGCAUCAUGUUUAAUGCAGAGUAUGUUUAAACAAAACAAGCAAAUCUUAUUUUGAUUUCUCAUGUCUGGAAUUGACGUGAUAUCAGGAGGGUGAGCAAUAUAGUAUUUGGUGAUUGCCAUCCGGAUAAAUAUAUACUGAGACAUUUUGGGUUCAUAUUUUAACCAUGUUGCAUAAAAUUGAAUGUACUUCAAUUAUAAACAACCCUGUAUUUAGAAUGUAAAAUGAGAACAAACCGAGUUAUAUGCAGCAUCCCCACAGGAUAAAAAAAAAUCAGGAACAGUGUCAUUCUGGCCAAUGAGAAACUAAUGAGAAAUUUAUUGAUGGGUUUCUUGGAUUUAUGGGAGGUAUGGAUGGCAAAGAAGAGUGGAAAGAUUAAAUAUGUUUUUAAAACUGUAAUCAAUCACUAAGAAAGUGGUAAAUGAAUGAGCACAUUUGACUAACUGUUUUUUAUUAAGUCUUUAAAUAAAGAACUCUGUAAUCUGUCUCUAGUCAAUGCUGGACUAUCAUCUCAUUAUGAUAGUGUGGACUCUGAAUACAAAUUCUGACUUUCUGUAAGAUAUCACUGAAGUAA